UGAGUCGGCCGCAUCCAGGGACGCGCGACCGAGCUGGGGCGAGGUGGCAGGACGAACCCCAGAGAGGAGGGGACCCCAGACCAGGGGACCCCAGACCCAGAGCGACCUCCUGAACUGAGCCAAGACUGCAAUCAGAGCCGUGGAAGCAGCGCCCCGACCCCGCCGUGCGCGCGCGCCAGGAUGCUGGCGUCCCAGACACCCUCUCCAGACAGACGAGGCUGUUUUCAACAUCCCUGCUGGAGUGUGGCCUGCACACGUUCCUGAAGCCGCACUGUAAUCCUGGUGGUCCUCUGAAAUGAAUGUUCCCUGGGCGCCCUCUUGUGGGUUGUGGAGGUAACCAUCUGUCAUUGCCAAGCCAUGACAACCAUGCUUCCGCCACACCCACAGCCCGCCUUGGGAAAUGAGACUCUGUUGGCACAUUACAACUAUGUGGGGAAGCUGGAGGGUAGACUGCGGGACCCCCCUGAAGACAGCACACUCACCACCAUACUCUUCUUGGUUGUCUGCAGCUUUAUUGUCUUGGAGAAUCUGAUGGUUUUGAUCGCCAUCUGGAAAAACAAUAAAUUUCACAAUCGCAUGUACUUUUUCAUUGGUAACCUGGCUCUCUGUGACCUGCUGGCUGGCAUAGCUUACAAGGUCAACAUUCUGAUGUCGGGCAAGAAGACAUUUAGCCUGUCUCUGACGGUCUGGUUCCUCAGGGAGGGCAGUAUGUUUGUGGCCCUUGGGGCCUCCACCUGCAGCUUACUGGCCAUCGCCAUUGAGCGGCAUUUAACCAUGAUCAAGAUGCGGCCCUACGAUGCCAACAAGAAACACCGAGUCUUCCUCCUGAUUGGGAUGUGCUGGCUCAUUGCCUUCUCCCUGGGUGCCUUGCCAAUUUUGGGCUGGAACUGUCUGCAGAACUUUUCUGACUGCUCAACCAUCUUGCCCCUCUAUUCCAAGAAGUACAUCGCCUUCUGCAUCAGCAUCUUCAUAGCCAUCCUGGUGACCAUCGUCUUCUUGUAUGCCCGCAUCUAUUUCCUGGUCAAGUCUAGCAGCCGCAAGGUGACCAAUCACAGCAACUCAGAGCGCUCCAUGGCCCUACUGCGAACUGUGGUGAUCGUGGUGAGUGUGUUCAUCGCCUGCUGGUCCCCCCUCUUCAUCCUCUUCCUCAUUGAUGUGGCCUGCAGGGUAAAGGAGUGCCCCAUCCUAUUCAAGGAUCAGUGGUUCAUCAUGCUGGCUGUCCUCAACUCUGCCAUGAACCCUAUCAUCUACACAUUGGCAAGCAAGGAGAUGAGGCGUGCCUUCUUCCGGCUCAUCUGCAGCUGCCUGGUCAGGAGCAAGGGGGCCCGGGCCUCACCCAUGCAACCCGCUCUUGACCCAAGCAGAAGCAAAUCAAGCACUAGCAACAACAGCAAUCAUUCACCAAAGAUCAAGGAAGAGCUACCCCACACAGCCACCUCUUUCUGCAUCACUGACAGAAACCGAACACUUCAGAAUGGGAUCCUCUGCAAAUGAGUGUCUCCAUACGACCAGCUAUGCAGCCAUGCUCUUAUUUAUUGCAUGUGUCCCUUCCAUGCGGGCCCUUAAAAAGCUUGACUUGGGAAAGCUGUUGCCCAAGAGCCUGCCCAGUGUGGAAAUCUCCCAAGAAGGGGGCCCCAAGAACUACCAACCCAUUUCAAUGUAGAUGAUAUGCCCUGGCUGCUUCAGGCCCCAGAAUCUUCCGCAUGUACUAAGCUGCUGACACCAUCCAUUGCCUUCCAUGGAGUCCUGGACACCACCUGCUCUUGUCCCCAGGGAGGGAAGAUCAUACUGCACAGUGCACAGGGUGUUCAUUCCUCUGUAGGCCUCUGGAUGAUGUUCUGAUAACUUCACACUACAUUUAUUAUGCAUAAAGAAUAGGUGCUCAUAUAUUUGUCCAUUUUGGUUGCAGCUGAGCUGUGUUCCGGGCCUUUGCAGAUAGAGCCCACAGAAAGUCUCAGUACUGGACACAGCUGUACAAGUGAUUCUACAGACAUGCUCUGACUGCAGCCCCGGGGUCAAGGACAGGGUGUGAUCAGGCGGACACACCACUGCACGUCUCCACAGGCUGAUAUAAAGUCUUGGAAUAAGCACGUUUUUAAAGGCCCAGAGUCCAUAGAAAGGCUUUUCUGAGUCCAGCCCAGAUGUAUGAGUCUAACCAAACUCAAUCUGGAUUCCUUCUUUUGUGUAUUCCCUGCUUGUGAUUGUUUUGGGGCUGUCUGCAAAACACAGAAAAGCCAGCCAGGAUCUUUCAGGACUCUGGGAGACCACCAAAGAAAAAAGUAC